AUGUCUAUCCUUCAGACUGCUGCCCUCGUGGGCUCUCUCGUCGCCACCGUUGCUGCGCACGGUCGUGUUACUGGUGCUGUUGUCGGCGGUACAUACUUCGCUGGCUACGACCCAUCGAGUGUCUACUCUCAAAGCCCGCCGUCCACCAUUGGCUGGGCCGCAAGCAAUCUCGACAACGGCUUCGUAGCCCCAGAUGCCUACGGUAGCCCGGAUAUCAUCUGCCAUAAGAAUGCGACCGUCGGCAAGAUCUCUGCACCCGUGGCCGCUGGCCAGAACGUGACCCUUCAGUGGAGCACCUGGCCAUCGUCUCACCACGGCCCAGUCAUCAACUACCUUGCCAAGGUCGGUGGUGACUUCGCCUCGGUCGACAAGACCGCGCUUGAGUGGGUCAAGUUCGACGCUUCGGGGCUACUCGACGACAGCGCUGUCCCAGGUACAUGGGCCUCUGACGAGCUCAUCGCCAACAACAACAGCUGGACACUCACCAUCCCCUCCAGCAUCGCACCAGGCAACUAUGUCCUGCGUCACGAGAUAAUCGCUCUCCACUCGGCCGGUAACUCGGACGGUGCUCAGAACUACCCUCAGUGCAUCAACCUUGCCAUCACUGGCUCAGGCUCUGCCGCUCCUAGCGGUACUCUCGGUGAGAAGCUUUACUCCGAGACUGAUCCUGGCAUCUUGAUCAGCAUCUACUCCGCUAUUGCUUCUUACACCAUACCUGGCCCUGCUCUGUGGACAGGAGGGUCUACGGGCUCUGCUCCAGCUAGCAGCGCAGCGUCCUCGAAGCCUGCCACCAGCGCUGCAUCCUCUACACCAGCCUCCUCCACACCAGCAUCGUCUGCACCAGCUUCGUCCGCCCCAGCAUCGAGCAUCGCCACCUCCACUUCGGCUGUCUCGACCAAGGCUGUCAUCGCAACAACCUCCAGCGUAGCCGUCGCGCCCACAUCCGCCGCAGGCAGUGGCUGCACUCAAACCAUCACUCGUACUCGCUCAACCUCCGCCGCCUCUUCCUCAGUUGCUGAGCCCGUCUCCAACGUCCUCUCCACUUCCACUUCCGCCAGCUCGAGCGUAGCGGCACCAGUCAGCGCCUCCAGCUCUAUGGCCCCGACCACGCACACUAUCUCUAGCUACGGCUCCGGCGCGUCGAGCACCGCCGCCACUUCGAGCUACCUCCCUCCCAUCGCCACGAUCGUCAGCAACCUCCCUUCUAGCGUGCUGACCAAGACCAUCUCCUCUACUGCUGUACCCACUCCGACUGGUGGUGCGACCACCCUUCCCAUGCCCAGCAAGCCUCUGCCCCCUGGCUGGACCCUCGAGGAUCUGCUCCAGUGGGUCGACUACCUCGUCCACCAGGCCGAGGAGUCUUCUUAG